GCAUUGGCAGCUCGGCUGCUGAUGCCCCAGAACAGCCCAGCUCUGGCACCCAGAGUCUGAGGAAGGGAAUGGUCCUGGAUUGCACCGGGCCAGGACUGAACUCUGGCUCACAGUGUGAGCCUGGGCCCACCGAGCCUGCUGUCCCCUCCCUGCUCUGCUGUCCCCUCCCUGCUCUGCUGUCCCCUCCCUGCUCUGCUGUCUCCUCUGAACUCUGCUGUCUCCUCCCUGCCCUGCUGUCCCCUCUGAGCUCUGCUGUCCUCUCUGAUUUCUGCUGUCCCCUCUGAGCUCUGCUGUCCCCUCCCUGUUUUGCUGUCCCCUCCCUGCUCUGCUGUCCCCUCUGCUGUCCCCUCUGCUGUCCCCCCUGAGCUCUGCUCUCCCUGUGCCCAGCACUGGCAGGUCCCAGGAUGCAGACAGGACAGGAGGGACAAUGACACCUUUGCAGGCUUGGACGUGCCGGUGGCCAGCUGGCCUCAAUCCUCUCCUUGCCACAGACCAGCCUGCUGUGAGGCUGCCAGUGUCACCUGGCUGUCACCGCAGGGCCACCAUGCCACCUUCCUGUGACGUUUCCCCAUCACAUGAAGGUUCUUGCAGCUUUGGUCGCUGCUUCCUGCCUGUGGCCGGCAGCAGAGGCAGAGCAGAGCAGGGCAGCGGGGCUUCCUCACUCUGCCUGUCACCCUGCCUGUCCCCUGCCCAUCCCCUGUCCGUCCCCUGCCCAUCCCCUGUCCAUCCCCUGCCUGUCCUGCCUGUCCCCUGCCUGUCCCCUGCCCAUCCCCUGCCUGUCCCCUGCCUGUCCCCUGCUCCUGCAUCACCAGCCACGGACACCAAGCAGAGGGCACUCCAUGGAUGACGACCGGCCCCUCUUCACCACCUUCAAGCCCCUCGGUGAGGACAGCACAGCCAGAGCCAAGGCAGCACCCACCAGCACCCCCAGCCAGCCCCAGGGCACCUCAGAGCAGUCACCAGGACACCACAGCAGACAUGGCAGGGUCCCUCCAGGUUUCUGGUCAGCCCCAGCAGCCCAGUCCCUGCCCGAGGGGGAGCCGUGGCCGGAGCGGGGGGCGCUGCGUGCCCGCACCAGGCUGUGGUUCGAGCAGACACAAGCGCAGAGCUUGGGGCCCGAGGGGGAGCUCCCCUCGUGGUUCCAUGGCUUCAUCAGCCGCAGGGAGGCAGAGGAGCUGCUGCAGGAUCAGCCCCUGGGCUGCUUCCUGGUCCGCUUCAGCGAGAGCACCGUGGGCUUCGUGCUGUCCUACAGGGGCAGGGAUCGCUGCCGGCACUUUGUCCUGGACCAGCUGCCGGACGGGCGCUACGUGAUCCUGGGCGAGCGCAGCGCCCACGCCGGGCUGGCGCAGCUGCUGCGGCACCACGCCACGGCCCCGGUCACGCCGUACCACGAGUUCCUCACCGUGCCCCUGCCCUGCGGACGGAAGGAUGAGCCCCGAGGGCGGCCACAGCCCCCGGCUGGCGGUGAUGCUGCACAUCCCCCAGCGAGCCAAGCAGCGGCCAAGCUCCCAGAGUACAGCCCCGUGUCCCUGGAGCCCCCCAGAGCCGAGGGCGGCUCCGCCAGGGAGGCUCCCGGUGCUCCGCCGUCGCUCCCUGCCAAGAGCAGCUCCCGGGGCGUGGCUCGGGGGCUGCACAGCCCCUCCGGCAGCGCGGCAGCCCCCGAGGUUCCCUACGCCCAGGUGCACAAAGAAUCCGCCCGGCCCGAGCCCCCCGAGGCCAAGUACCAGCAGCUCAUGUGCUUCCAUGUCUACGCUGAGCCCCGUGAAGAGAUCGACCCCGAGGCCCAGGAGCCCACCCCCGGGGCACCCAUCCCCGAGGGACCCCCCACCCCCGGGGGACCCUUCCCCGACGAGCCCAUCCCCUUCUAUGCCAUGGCCCGCGGCUGGAGCCGCCGUGCCAGCCCCGAGAACAUCUACUCCGAGGUGGCACUGGCCCGGCAGGAUGUGCCUGCCCGGCCCCCCACGGCCCCCCAAAACGCCUUCUCCACGCUGCCCCCCAAAGCCCGGCCCCACCGCCGGCUCUUCCGCAGCAUUUCCAGCCAGGACUGCAAGAGGAGGCAGCUCUCGGCGGCUCCCAGAACACACAGGGAGGACAGAGGAGCUUCCAGCACGGGCACACAGGCUGUCCUGACCCCUGAGCUGGAGCUGGAUGACCCCGUGUACAGCAGGAGCACACCCAGGGACCUGCACCCCACAGCCACAGCUGAGAACGUGUAUGAGCAGCUGCCUGGGGACUGCCCCUAAACCACCUGGACAGCACCUGGCUCCCAGGCAGGAGGAACCUCAGCCUCCACCUCACUGCAGGAAGCCCUUGGCCCUGGGAGGAGAGCUCCAAGGCUGCUGUUGGCCCCAGCUGGCAGUGCCAAUCUGCUCUUCCAGCUUCCCAACCCUGCUGGACAGCACAGGGGAGAGCCUUACCUUACCCAUGAACACAUUCCAAGAGACUUCUGUUAAUGAAAUGAGGGGAAAAGGCUGUUACAGGAAAAACAGGGAUGAGUUUGGCACAGUUGGUGCAUGCAGUUGGAUAUUAAAUUGGUCAGAAACUGGAGUGAUGCUACACUGAACCUCCCCAGCCUGCAGCCAACACUCCAAGCCCUGCCUGCUUCCUCAGCCACAAAAUCUGGGACGACACCACUGUCCCAGGGCUGUCCCGUGGGGCACAAACCCUGGCGAGCCCCAGUGGAGCUGGGCAGUGCCAGUGGUGCUCCCAGCCCAACAGGAGCAGGGAGCCAGGAUGGCCAAAGCCCUGGCUUGGAGGGAAAAGGAGGGCUGGGGGACUGCAGCUGUUUUAUCUCGGGGAAAAUUCACUUCUGACCUUUCACAAAGCUGAAUUCUGUUACUCUUAGAGGGCUGAAAGUGGAACACGAGCCCUUGGAACUUCCCUUGGUGCUAAACCCAAGCCAUUACCCCAAGGAGAAAUGGAAAGGGGAACGUGGGAGUUCCAGCCCCUCCACUGCAAAAUCCCCAGGCCAAGAGGGUACCUGGAUGAGGAUCUGAGCCCCUGGUGAUGGAAACAGGGCUGGAUUUAGAAAUAUGUUCCUUCAGCAAAUCUCUUCUGGGAGGAUUUCACUGUACAUACAAGAUAUGAAUAAAUUACUCAACAGUAA